AUCACAGUGGGAAUAUACAUUUAUUUCUUUAGUACGCAGUAAUUUAUCAUUAUAUAUAGUGCGUUUAAAACAUUAAGCGUGAAUUCUACCAUGUGUACACUAAAUUUGGAAACAAAUAAUGGGAAUAUAGACUAAAAAUAUUUAAAUGUACUUUGUUUGAAUGGAUUGAAAUGCACUCGCAUGGAUCAGAUUUCGUGUGUACACAACAAUGAGUCUUUAGGAUAGUUUAAGGAGUUUUAGUGUGUGACAAAUUCUAGGUAAUCUGAUAUUUUGAAUAAAAAUGGAUUUCUUCUUUGACUUGUUUGAUUCUGAAAAGAAAAGAAAAGCACAGCUUCAACAACAACAACAAAACCAAGAACACAUUAGGAAUAGAACUGGGAGUGGAGGAGAACUACCCCCUCUAAGGAGAGACAGGGGUUAUAGAACUUUUAGUUUAAGAAAGUAUGACCAGCGUGAAACCAAUAGAAUUCGUGAUGAACGUUUGAAACGAGAACUCCAUCGACUUUACUUAUGGGACAUUAAAGAAUUUUUAACAAAAGCAAAGGAAGACUUCACACAGAAAUGGGAUCACCCACAGCAGAACACUGCCUGUCUAGAUGACUUUGACAGAAUUAAGACCCUUGGAACAGGGUCCUUUGGAAGGGUGAUGCUAGUCCAGCACAAAGCAAACAAAAAUUACUAUGCCAUGAAAAUUUUAGAUAAACAGAAAGUUGUUAAAUUAAAACAAGUAGAACACACACUAAAUGAGAAGAGGAUAUUACAAGCUAUUAGUUUUCCAUUCCUUGUCAGCUUAGAAUAUCAUUUUAAGGACAACUCAAAUUUAUACAUGGUAUUGGAAUUUGUCACUGGAGGAGAAAUGUUCUCACAUUUGCGACGUAUAGGAAGGUUCAGUGAGCAUCAUUCCAGGUUUUAUGCUGCACAAAUUGUGUUGGUUUUGGAAUACUUGCAUCAUUUGGAUAUUAUGUACCGUGAUUUAAAACCAGAGAAUUUACUAGUUGAUACGAUGGGCUAUCUGAAGGUGACAGAUUUUGGCUUUGCAAAGAGAGUAAAGGGCAGAACAUGGACAUUAUGUGGUACUCCAGAAUAUUUGGCUCCUGAAAUUAUUCUUAGCAAGGGUUACAACAAAGCAGUAGAUUGGUGGGCAUUAGGAGUUCUAGUCUAUGAAAUGGCAGCAGGUUAUCCUCCAUUCUUCGCAGAUCAACCCAUCCAAAUCUAUGAGAAAAUUGUCUCUGGAAAGGUUCGAUUUCCAUCCCACUUUAGUUCAGAUUUAAAAGAUCUUUUGAGGUCAUUACUACAAGUAGAUUUGACUAAACGUUUUGGAAAUCUGAAAAAUGGUGUUAAUGAUAUCAAAAACCACAAAUGGUUUCAGUCUACAGACUGGAUAGCAAUAUAUCAAAGAAAGGUUGAUGCUCCAUUUAUACCUAAAUGCAAAGGACCUGGAGAUGCCAGUAAUUUUGAUGACUAUGAAGAAGAACCACUCAGGAUUUCAUCUACAGAAAAAUGUGCAAAAGAGUUUGCUGAUUUUUAAGAGUUCAUUUAACAAUGGAGAGGUGUCAUGUGGGUCAUUACAAAUUACACAAGUCAUGCUGGAGAGGGAAUGAACGAACAUUUAUCAUUAAUAUCUGUUUAGAUCUCAUCCAGUUUUUUCCCCCACAUGUGCAAUAUUGAGUGAUCAAUGUUAGGUUGUGUGUAUGUUAUAUCAUCUGGAGCAGUAGAACGUUCUGUGAUGUUACUGCCAAUCUUAACAGCAUUAUAUAAAACCUCGUAGAAUGCUGAUAGCCAGGAGUGAUGUUGGACAAAUUUUAGGCUUUUUACAGCUGCUGCUUUACAAAAGAAAUGAUGUUCAUGUGUAGUUCCAUGUCUGAUUUGUAUUAGUGAAUGGUUUACAGAUAUUUGUUUUAUGUGUAUAGCCUUGAACGUAGCAAAAAGAACUUGCUAUAUAUAAAGUGGUUUUAACUGACAGGAAAAUCUCUAAAGAAUUUCAAUUUUUUAAAGCAAAACAGGAAUUGUGUAUGGUAUGGUAUUAUUAUGGCUAGUUAUCUAGUAUUUCUAGAAAUUUGUAUGACAUCAGCUUUAGUGAAUUGUCAGCUAUUGUUUAUAUCAAGUUGAAUAAAUUUAUAUUGCUCGUUUGUCAGUUUUAAUAAAGACGACAAACACCAGUACUGAUUGAAUAAUUCAUUUAAAGUCAUGUAUUCAUAAUCUUAGUUCUUGGCAAUUUUCAAAAUUGAUCAACUAAUUGAUUCUAUUUCAUGUUUCAUUAUGUAGUAGUGAUUGAAGUUUAAUCACUGCAUACUUUUACUUCUAGUGGAGGAUAAAAAACUCCAUUUUGUUGACUAUUUAAAGAUAUUAUUUUAUUUUUAGUUUACAUGAGCGUAGAAAUGUAUAUGAUGUUUACAGUUUUUACUAUGUAGAGUUUGUUUAUAUUUUGUUAAGAUUUGUCUACCUAAUUACAUUACAUGUAUAUGUCUAGUGGUUUCAGAAGUUAGAACUAGUCUUUAUUAAUUAUUCAUAUGACAUAUAUAAUACAUGUAUAUGUGUGUAAUAAUGUCUGUAUAUAAUUGUAUGGUUCAGAUGAUUGACAUUUGUUUGUAUAUCUAUGUGAAUUAUAGCUCUGAUACUCAGAACUUUUGUACUCAUUAGAUCAAUGGGUGUUUAGAAUCUAUGUCACAAUAAAGGAUUUGUUAACUUUUAUUAUACAGAAUUGUUGGUUACCAAACGGUAAUGCCACUGUUACAGAUAUGUUAAACUUACAUACUCUGGUAUUUGGAAUUCUUAUGGAUGAAGUUUUUCUUGAAAGUUGAGAGUGGAAAAUAUGAAUAAGGUCUGGAUAUGAAGACAUUUUUUUUGUACAAAAUCAAAAGACAAAUCCCAAAGAAUUGAGCAAAAUAAGUUGAACGUAACCUGGAUAUGUCACAAUCCACUUUCUGUGUCAUUGACCAUAGUCCAUCACAUUUUCCAUUAUCUGAAACUUUAACAAAAACCAAACAAAUUUGAACAUAAUCUCCCAUAGGUGAAUAGUAUUGUGCCAUCUUUUUUUCAUUUUCAUUGAUUUUGUAGGGUUCCCCAUAACCAAACAAGGGCUGUUACAUGUUUCUUAAAGGGUAUACAUAUCCAUCUUGGAACUCAUAAAAAAUGACUUACUAGAAACCAACCAAAUUCAAUCAAAAUCUUCAGUUUGAAAUGUUUUAUUGCACAUUGAUUUUUGGGGUUUCCCAUACCCAAAUCGGGACCUGUUGAUGUGUGAUAUGAGUAUUCAAUAAUUAUCAAACCACUGAGAUUCGUUGGUUCUUUGGUCAGAACAUCAACCCAUGGAAGGUUAGGAUAUAAGCACUUGUAUGAAAACAUCGGAGAUUUCCUUUCUCUAAAAAUCUUAGUACAUUAAAUUGAUAAAUGUUAUCAUAUAUCAUUGAAAGCCAUUUUGUUUUUUCAAAGGUUGGCAUAUUUCUGUAUCCAUCUUGUAACAUAGAUUCUAACACCAGCCUAAGAAUGCACAUUUACACAUCACCAGUAAAUUCAUUUAGCAGUAUUAGUAAUAAUAACUUCCAAAAUGUCUAAACAUGGAAUAGUGUUUUGAACAUACAGGGUACACAUAGAAUCUAGCAAAUCCAUCAUGAUAAGUGAAAACUGAUUCUUGAAUCUUAAAAGCAAACUACUGGUAUAUAAUUGUCAAUGAUAUUUUAGUCAAAUGAUGGUUUGAUGCAUGCUGUAAAUUAUAUGUUGACGUAUAAACAAAUGAUGUUGGUUUUAUUGUAGGUUUGUGUAGAACUACCGGUAAAUCUGAUAAUAUCACAAUAGUGAGGAAAAUUCACUGGCUUUUUUAGACGGUUUUCAGUUUUCAUAUAAUCAUAGCAAAAAUCUGUGGCUAAAUUAAAAAUCAAUUAAAGCUUUGUGUGUAGACCUGCAGAAAUUUCAGAUAUAGUUAAAAAUCAUUCAAUAUCCGGAAUUAAAGAGGAAGGUACAUUUUUUUUUGUGAAAGGGGGGGGAUUAAAACAUGUACCUGUUAAGACUUAGAUUUACCUACCAUGUUAAGUAGCUAGGCUGUAUUAAGGGAAUUAAAAUGUCAGAUACUGCUAGAUACUUUGUAUGUACAACAUAGGAAAUUUUUGUUCUCUUACAAGCUUGUCAUUGUUUAACUUAUCAAAUCACUCAAAAUGUCAAACAAAUCUUGGGAAAGGGCCUUGUAUGUGUUGUUAUGAGUUCAGAAUGUUUUCACUUGUGUUGUUGGAUUUCUAAGAGAACUGCUUUGCAAUUAUUUGCUUUUACCAAACUUGUACAUUUUGGGUAAUUGCACAUUAAUAACAUAUUAGUGCUAUAAGAAUACACUAUUAUACAAAUUUUAUACCUAUAUAUAGAAAGAAAUUUUAUGUGUGUAAAUGUACCAUAAUAGGUAAAAUAAUAAUUUGAAAAUGCUUGUUUGUAUGUGUAAUAUCUAGUUUUUGGUUUGAUAUUUGUUACGUCUAUAAUUAUUUGCAUGUUAUGUUUAGUUGCAUAAUGCAUUUACUGUUUGGCUUUUCCCCUCCAAGCUGUUCUCAACUUUAAGAAUAUUCUAAUAUUAUAUUUUAUAAACAAAUAGCAACACAUUCAAAUGCAUAAUUCAGAAUUUCAAGUAAAAAUACAAUGACUGUUCAGGAAUGUUGAAACUGAAUGACCAAAGACCAGGAAUGAUUUGGAGUAUAAAAUGUUGCUGCAAGCCAGUGUUAAUCAAAAUUAUAUUAGUCUCUGUUAUUUAUCUUUAUGGCAUGAAGUAACUUUGAAUGGUUUUCAAGCAAAUCAAGAUGUAUAAAUUUAUUUAUAAUUAGUGCUUGUCUUGAAAGUAAAUGGAAGUUCUUUUGAAGAAUUGUAUAUAUAUAUGCUGAUUCUUAAAUCUGCAUAAAAUCUUUGUUCAAAUUCUGUGACACAAUUUAAUUUAAAUGUUUAUUGGGUAGGAUAAUACAAACAAAAUAGCCAAAAGACAUUCUCUAUUUACAGCCAAUAGUAUUCCUUAUCCAUUUGGAACCUUCUUCAUGGCUCAAACCUCUAUUUCAAUAUCCUAGAAAGAAAAACAUUUCUGUCUCGCGUAGGAAUUUUUAGGAUUUCAUGAAAUGAUAUAUUUUAAUAUCAGUGGUACAAAAAAAUGUAUUAAGAACUACUAUCAGGCAUUUAUCUUUGUCUGGUGUUACUAGUUCUGUAUGUAUUUUUGUUAUUUAAUUGCAAAUCCAAACCAAAAAAUAAACAAUUCAGUCUAUAA